CGCCCCCGGCGCGACCCGGAACGCUGACCUCUUGCCACGCUCGACGACGACUAAUCUUGUGGCUACAUGUGUGCGACACCUACCCUUUAAUACUACCCACCAUACCGACUCUACUACUACUACUUUAAUCUUUUUCUGGUUUUUCUCUCCAAAACAAUCAUGGCCCCCCACCACAACAACGUUCACUGGCGCGAGGUCGACUCGACCAGUAGCACUAGCUCCCGCCACAGCGAAGGCAGCGACAGCAACGAGUCCUACAACGCAAGGCACGUGGCGCUCGCCGUCCAGGCCGCAAGACCACCAAUGCCGCAGUAUGGCACCUGCUACGGACGCGUCGAGGGGACCAGAGGGCGAUACUACAACGCUUCGGCCGUCUCCGAGUCUCGCUCUUCGGUCGAUUCAGUCGACACUUAUGCUUCGACGUCUGACGAGGAGGACGAUCUGGAAGAGGAGGAAGACGACGACGACGACUAUCCUCCCUAUGAGGUCCCCGAGCACAGGCGCGAAACCUUCCCCUCAGAUGCCAUCCCCGCUACACCCCGGGACUUUGCUGAACUCUUCCCCUCGAUGCAAAAGCUGUCGAUACGUCACGAUGAUGCGACGAUAGACGGAAACAUGAAUCUAAGGAUAGACGCCCAAGUUGAGACGAGGCGCGGAAAGCAGGCCAUGACGUUGUUCCACCUCCGCAUGCAUGAUCUCAAGAGCCGGGACUUCUCACUUCGGCGAUAUUGCAGGGAUUCGGGUCGCGAAGUGUGUCACUCGAUCCGCAAGUAUCAGAAACCGCCGUCCGAGCGCCCUGCUCUUCAGCGGUCGUUUAGCAGCGCCAUCGCGACGUUCCGCCACAAGCCCGAGCGCAAAGACUCCAACUCGGGCCUCAGGCGCCAAGACUCCGGGUACGGCUCGAUUGUCGCGGGCGGAUCUGCCGAGGGACGGCCAAAGUCGGCUGGGCAGUCGCGCAAGGCCAAGCUGAUACCGACGAACACGAUGAAGUUGGAGUUUUCCAACUACGCGCACGUCGAUGUCAAGCGCCGCGGCGCCAAGUCGAAAAAGAGGUACGAGUUUGAGUACUGGGGAGUGGGGUAUGCAUGGAAACGGGUUUGCCAAAAGGAGGGCGACGCGACGCGGAUUGCCUACCACCUCACCCGGACGGACGACGGAAAAGCGGUCGCUCAUAUUGUGCCCGUUGCGCUGAGCAAGGCGCAAACGCGGGAGGAGGCGGCAAAGGGCGGCUGGAUCCCCCCUUGUUCCAUGUGGAUCAGUGACAGUUCGAUCCUGGAGGGAGUGUCGGACCUUUCCGACGUGGUUGUGGCGACGGGCGUGGUGGCUCUUGCGGAUGACAGCAUCAAGAACCAUUUCCACUCGAAGCAGACGACGCACAUCCACAUACCGCUGUCGAGGAGCGGGUCCUUCAAGCUGAACAUGGAUUACGUCGGCCCCAAGCGUCUGAUUGACGAGGUGUUCCACCGUACGACGCGCGGUAGCACGUCGCUCCGGGGGCCAACGCCUCUGCGACGGGCGUCGGACGAGACGGGGUGAAAUUUAAUUGAUUCGAUAUUUUUCCUUAUAUUCAUGAACACAAACGGACGGG